AGCCGAACCCUCCCUCCGAUUGGAUUGCCGAAACCUUCUUCCAAAGGAAGCGUUUGUAUUGGCUGUUGCUUAGAAACACACCCGUCCCGGAUCAUUCCGCUCUCAAUGGCGGCGGGUAACGAUGACGACGAAGGCGGCGGUGGGGACGGGGACCCUGAUCUCUGCGCCCCCGAGGGCACCGUGGGGCCCGGAGGCAGGAGGAGCGUGGAGAAAGCCGUGGAAGAGGCGGCCAGCACUGGGUUUCUUAAUCUAUCCGGCCGCCGAAUGAAGGAACUACCGGGGUGCGCUCGGAACCACGACCUGAGCGACCUUACCCGGGCCGAUCUGUCGAGGAACCGGUUUGCGGAGAUCCCGGGCGACGUCUGCCGGCUCAUCUCUCUGGAGUCCCUGAAUCUUUACCACAACUGCCUCCGCAGCGUCCCGCCGGCCGCCUCCCACCUCCAGGUGCUGACCUACCUGAACCCGGAACCUCCUCUCCUCUCCUCUCUGCCUCCCCACGUCUGCCGCCUGCCGCUCACCGUCCUCAUCGCCUCCAACAACCGGCUGACGUCUCUGCCCGAGGAGCUGGGCGCCAUGACAACGCUACGCCAGCUGGACGUGAGCUGCAAUGAAAUUCAGACGCUGCCGGCACAGAUGGGCUCUCUGCUGUCUCUCCGCGAGUUAAACGUCCGCAGGAACCAGCUGUCGGCGCUGCCCGAGGAGCUUGCAGAGCUGCCUCUGACGCGCCUGGACUUCUCCUGUAACCGCGUCACCCGCAUCCCGAUCUGUUACCGGCACAUGCGCCACCUCCAGACUGUCACGUUGGACAACAACCCGCUGCAGUUCCCCCCUGCGCAGAUUUGUCUGAAAGGCAAAGUUCACAUCUUCAAAUACCUGAACCUCGAGGCCUGCAGCCAACCGGACGCGGGCAAGCUGAGCCGCCCCACAAGCUUCACCGCGUGCCUGACGGACGAUAUCUACCCCUCGCGGACGUACGGGGGACUGGACUCCGGCUUCAACAGCGUGGACAGCGGCAGCAAGAGGUGGUCGGGCAACGAGUCCGCGGACGACUUCUCCGACCUGUCGUUCAGGAUCGCGGGGCUGGGCAGAGACGUGAGGCAGUCCGCCGAGAGGCACAACGGGCUCGAGGGAGACGCCGAGCACACGGACUUCAUCGACGGCGGCACAAACGGGGAGGAAGAGGACGACGCCAGGUCAGAGAGCGGCCUUCAGAUGGUGGUCACGCCUCAGGAUAAGCGGAGACCUGAUCAUCAUUCUACACCCCGGACAGAGGAGAAGACCCUGAUCUAUGGGGCUGCAGCUUCCCCUCCAUCCCCCAGCACCCGACAGGACCUCGCCGCGGAGGAGCGACGUCGGCCAGAGACGCUUCUCAUCUGGAAGGAGAGAGAGCGGCAGCAGCUGCAGCAGAAGCAGGAGGGCGUGCGCCGGGCGUCCGUGCCGCGGGGCGAGAGCAUACAGAGAGUGCCGUCGUACCCAUCUACCCCGCCUCCAGCACGCGGCGCCCAGACGGACAGCUCGUCUGAUAAUUGCAGAUCACAGGAUCAGGGCUGUCAGACAGCAAACUCCGUCUCGCCCCCCGCCGGGUCCACCGGGAGGAUCGGAGACCCCUCGGCCUGCUCCUCUCACAAACCCAGCAGCUUCCUCUUCAGAUCGUGUUCCCGAGGAGCCGUGCGGAUGGUGCAAGCUUCGGGCCCCUCGGAGCAGAGCGUCCCGGAGUCUCGCAGCCCUGUCCGGUUACGAAGUUCCCAGCCGUUACCGGAUGAAAAAGCUCUGCUGGAGCAGCUCCGCCAGGACAUCGAGUCUCGUCUGAAGGUGACUCUCCAGGAGCCCCUGUGUGAAGCUUUGUCUAACGGGGUCGCCCUGUGCCAGCUGCUCAACCACCUGCGUCCCCGCUCCAUCCCCUCCAUUCAUGUGCCGUCCCCCGCUGUGCCGAAGCUGAACGCAGUGAAGAGGCGUCGGAACGUGGACAGUUUUCUGGAGGCUUGCCGGAAGCUUGGCGUUCCCGAGGAUUCCAUCUGUUCUCCUCAUGACAUCCUGGAUUGCGACGGAGUCCACAACCUGUUCGCCACCGUCCAGUCCCUCCUGCGGCAGAGUCCCCCGUCCUCUAGACCGUGAAUCUACCAGACGGGACCCGACCGAGCAGAAGACCCCGAGACGCCCCGUCCUCCUUCCCGCUCUACACGCUUCCGUCCCCAGUAAACUAUUUUAUUAUAAUUGUGAUAAUUAACGGAUCUUAAAGAUACAAAAAGACUCUCAGGGAUUUUCCAGUUUUCAGCGUUCACGGUUUGUUAGGUUUCGCGGCGGAUUACAUUUAUUACCCGUCUCUUUACGUUCCUCCCUUCCCUUUAGUGCCGAAAAUAACAAUAAAUAUUAAUUAGAAACUUUU